UAUCUCUUUCCAAUUCACGUGAAUUAACGGCUUAAAACAACAGGUCUUUGUCUGUGAUGGUUUAACCUUGUCUCCUACCUGCCACUUUUGACAACGUCAACCAUAAACAACAACCUAUGUUUAUUUGUUGUUAUUUUACCAGCAAUGUUUACAAUUUUCAAUAUUUAUCCCGCAUUUUAAAAGGUUGGAAUCACCAGUAGGAGGAUGGCAAAUGUAACGCAGAUCAGUUUAGAGUCAUUGCUGCUGAGGGCUACGAACCCAAACAACCCGGAAGUAGAUACCGCAGCCCUAAAUGCGUUUUAUGCCCUGAUCAAUAGGGAAAAGGACGGGCCUCCUUUGGGCGUCCGCGUCAUAGCCAGCCGCCUUCCAGCUGGGUGUGAAAAGGAAGUUCUUUCAACUUUAAAUGUUCUGGACGCCUGCAUGCAGAAAUGCGGCUCAGAAUUUCAAAGCGAAGUUGGGAAAUUUCGGUUUCUGAAUGAGAUGAUUAAGUUGGUUUCUCCGAAGUAUCUGGGCUCCAAAACCCCCAUUUCAGUGAAACACAGAGUGUUGCAACUGCUCUAUCUGUGGACGUUGGAUUAUCCCACGGAGGUGAAAAUUAAGGAGGCUUUCGAUAUGCUAAGGAAACAGGGAGUGAUUCGUGAAAUUCCAAACCCCAACAUUCCCCAGGAAGCGUUGGGCAUAGAGCCCAAGAAAAGAGUGGGUAACUCAAUAUUCCAAGACGAGGAAAAGGCGAAUAUUUUGCGGAAAUUGCUGCAAAGCAAAGGCCCAGAAGAUAUCCAAGCGGCUAACUGGUUGAUCAAAAGCAUGGUUAAAGAGGACGAAAAGCUUGCCGAUUUAAAAAGCAAAACCUUCUUCGAAAUCGAGUCCUUUCAGAACAAUGUAAAAUUGCUAAACGAAAUGGUCGGUUCAUACAAAACAGAGGACACUACCAGAAGCGAACUUGACUUAAUGAGCGAACUGCAUGAUAAUCUAAUCAGAUUUAAACCGAAUUUGGAAUCCAUCGUCUGCUCUGACCAGAACUGGCCCAUGGAUUUGAUCGAAUCGGUUCUGAAAACCAUCGAUGAUGUGAGCGAAUGCUGUAAACGAUACAAGGAGACAGUGCAUGAUUCCAAAGGAAGCAACUUUACGUCUUUGAUGGAACUGGAUCAACAGUCUGUGGCAGCGGCGUCUUCGGCAACAUUUAUUCAAAUGGACAGCGUUAAAGAACCGAAAAGCAGCACUGAGGACUGUUCUUGCAGCAGCCAGAUUAGCAGCAACACUUCCAAGUCGUCCAUGGACGUUUUGUGCGAUGUUUUCUCUGGCUUGGGUGAUGUUGCCGAAGACACCAUUUUGCAGCCGGUUCCCGUUGCUGCAAACGCUGAACAAGCUCCUGUGGACAAAGGCAAAAACCUCCAUAAAAAGGUGAAUGCUCUGGAAGAUCUGGACGUUUUAAGUGAGCAUUUGCUGAAAGAAAACAUUCCUUUGUCGAAUUAUCGCAACCAGGACAAGGUGCCCAUGAACCUGCUGACGAAGAUAAACGAAGUGAAAAAAUCACAGGUGCAAAGUCAAUCAGCCAAAGUGGACUUGAACUAUUUACUGCCGAAUUCCAAGAGUGCGUCUUCAAGCUGUUCAAAGUCCGAGGAAAACUUGAGUCAAUUAGACAAUUCGGAUGAUUGUUUGGUGGAUAUAAGCGAGGAUAAGGACACUUUGAGCGUGCUGGAAAAAGACCACGGUUUAGAACCGUGUAAGGAUCAAAAACACGUGAGCAAUGGAACUGGUUUGACAACGAAAGAGGCUGAGAAGGAUCGAAUGCGACCUGCGAUUAAACUCAACGACAUUUCAAUGAAGCUGGAAGACAUCAAGCCGAGUUCAGGGAAGUCAAUUGUUGGCUUGGACGAUAAGAACGGAUUGUGCAUCCUGCUGCAUAAGGCAGCAGACGCUCCAAAGCCCCUGGUUGCUGUCUAUGUCGUCACUACGAUAAGCAGAAAAGCGUUGGCUUUACAGAACUAUUUGUUCCAAGCCGUUGCUCCGAAGGGUUGCAAAUUGCGGCUUUUGCCUCCUUCAACCACUGAUCUGCCCGCGUUCAACCCUUUCCUACCUCCAGCGGCGAUCACCCAAAUUCUCCUGAUAGGAAACCAGGAUAAUCAAAAGGAAAUAAGCCUCAAGUUCGUUAUCAGUUACGUUAUGGACGACGAAACUGUGACUGAAAUGGGAGAGGUGCCGAAUCUCCCUUUGGAGUCAUAAAGAUGGGGUUUUCAUGGGAUUUAUUGCAAUUUUAAUUCUGUAAGAUAAAGACUGUUAAAACGUUUUUUUUGGUGAAUAUUUGCCUUUGUAUAACCGUAUAGCAUUAUAUAAGAAAACCUUCCUUGCAGGUGCUUUAAUGACGAGUUGUAUAUUCAAGAGCACUUAUGUAACAGCUAGUGAAUACGCGUUGGAAGCAAUGCUUUAAACUGUCUAGCAACUAGGUUGAUUUCACCAUUUUGUGAUUGUUUUCUGUGAUCUCUGAGUUUAUACGUUUUUGUGUUUGUUGUAUUUAUUUUUUUAUUGCGUUAGUAAAAGUAUUCGUGUAAAA